AAUAUUUGGUCACACUGUCGCGUGUAUCAUAAUCGAGUUGAGUCGUCCGCAGUUUAGUCCAGAAAAGUUAUCAUUUAAAUUUGUUCUUAUUGUGACACACAACAACGAAUUAGUGUUCAGCAAUAAAUUAAAUUAAUCCAAUGCAGCAUAGUAACUGUGUUUGUGUUUGGGCGUGCGCGAAACAGCAUCAAAUUAUACAAGUGUAAAACGCGAAAAAUUUGAACACCCAAAGAAAUAUUGAUUUUUUCAUAGAAAAAAGGCCCUGCGAGUGUUGUUCUUAUUGUUGUUGUGUUUUGUGCGUGCCAGUUAACUACCAAAAAGAGGAAGGAGAAGAAAAGAAAGGGCAAAAAGCAUAAGAAUAAAUUUCAAACUGCCAAGAAAAUCCAAAAGCAGCUCAACAAGAAAACGCGCAUCAGUAAAUUUCCACAAAUUUUAUAAUAAAAUUGCUGCCUACAUCCCGUCGACCCCGCCGAACAUCAUUUGAUUUACAGUAACAGUAAAAGUUCUUGUUUUUCUUGUUAUUGUUGUUGUCUGCUGGAAGUUCAUCACUGAGUAACAUAAGCACAACGAGCGUCAGUCAACGCACUGAGAGUUUUGUCUGCAUAUGAAAAUAAGGAAAAGCAGGCUAAGUAUAUUGGGUGGUGGAGAGACUGACAUAUGCCAAUAUACAAACAUAUAAGCAAAGCAAACAAAAGAAAGUAAGGCAAAAAACAAAAAAAAAGAGAGAAAAGGAAAAAAAUAGUAGAAACAGAAAAGCGCAGGCAAACAAUGCCGCAAUCAGAGGGCGGCUAUGUGUCGCUACCGGCGAUGAAUGGCAAUGGCAGCGCCAUCUAUCAGUCCACCACAGAACCACAGGCUGCAUCGCCUAACUCCGUAUUUAAGAGCGUGAGGCGUGCCUUUGGUCAGGCGAUCAAGUCCUCUCCUGGAGAAAGCGAGGAACUAGUGCGCAUGGAACGGCCGGUGGUCAUUGUUGGUGGUGGUACCAGUAUUUAUUUCAGAGACCGCGACAAAACUGGUAAGACACUGAACACCAAGAUGCCAUCAGCACCAACACACACUGCCGAGGAGGCACAUCUGCUUGGCACCAUGCCCGUUGAUCCCAUGGAUGACAUCGAACUGCGCUCGGUGCAGCUGCAAUUCCCCAAUGCUCGCGGCUCCAUUUUGGAGGCCUGCGAACAGCGACGCGUGCCCACAGACAAGGGCGACAUACAUGUGGCCAUACAGGGCGACACCUCAAAGCCGGCCAUAGUGACUUAUCACGAUUUGGGACUCAACUAUGCCACCAGUUUCGCUGGCUUCUUCAAUUAUCCAGUCAUGCGCGGAUUGCUGGAGAACUUUUGUGUGUAUCAUGUAACUGCACCCGGACAGGAGGAAGGCGCGCCCACAUUGCCAGAGGACUAUGUGUAUCCAACCAUGGAUGAGUUGGCAGCCCAGCUGUUGUUUGUGCUAUCGCAUUUUGGCCUAAAGUCGGUGAUUGGGUUUGGUGUGGGCGCUGGGGCCAAUAUACUGGCACGUUUCGCCCAUGCUAAUCCGGAUAAGGUGGGCGCCCUGUGCCUAAUUAACUGUGUGUCAACGCAAUCAGGCUGGAUCGAAUGGGGCUAUCAGAGUUUCAAUGCGCGCUUCUUGCGCACCAAGGGCAUGACGCAGGGCGUCAUCGAUUAUCUGAUGUGGCAUCAUUUCGGACGCAAUCCGGAGGAGCGCAACCAUGAUCUGGUGCAGAUGUACAAGCAGCACUUCGAGCGUGGCGUCAAUCCCACUAACCUGGCCAUGUUCAUCAAUGCGUAUAUACAUCGCAACGAUUUGCAUUUGGCGCGCACACCGCCGGGCACACCUGGCGCUGAGACGGCAGCGACUACGCUGAAAAUGCCCGUUAUCAAUAUAACGGGCUCGCUGUCGCCGCAUGUGGAGGAUACGGUGACAUUCAAUGGCCGAUUGGAUCCAACUAAUUCGUCCUGGAUGAAGAUCUCUGAUUGCGCCAUGGUGUUGGAGGAGCAACCGGCUAAGCUGGCUGAAGCCUUCCGGCUGUUCUUGCAGGGCGAGGGCUACGUCUCCGAGAAACCCCAGUAGACAGUGGCAAAAUGAAAACAUGAAAAACAUAGUUGAAAUGCAUUUAGCUAAUUAAUAAAUAAAUUAAAAUUAAAUACAUAUACAAAAAGUAGGCAAUGCUUAACACUCACACAUACACACAUUCACAAAUACCGAAUAGUUUGUCAUUUGUUGUGCAAGUAUUGGUAAGCUUUGAAAAAGCUUGCAUACAUUUUAGCACUUGAACUCUGUGCGUAAAAGCUUUCAGCCGCAAGUGACAAACAAAAUGCGAAACGUAGUUUGCUUAUAAGUUUUAUACAAUACCCUUAUACCCAGUAACAGUACAGCAGCUGCUCUCUUAUACUCUCUAUCUUUCUCUCUCUCUCUUUGCCUAUAUUUGGCACUCUGUGCCCUGCUUUGUUUUGCUUGUAGUAUUUGAUUUGUUUCCAGCAACUACACACAUGCACUUAUAUUUUGCUUAUACAUGAAUAUACAUAUAAUUUAUUUGAUGUUUUAUUUAUUUUCUUUAUUUACACGCAAUAUUUAAAAUGAAUAUAUCGUUGCAUUUAACAAUGCGUAGCUGUUGGCACACUGCAAAAGUUGGCACG